AUAAACAUAACAAUCUCAUUACUGAUAAACUUCUCCCUAGCCUCCAUCCUCAUACUAAUCGCAUUCUGACUCCCCCAAAUGGACGCCUACGCAGAAAAAUUAAGCCCCUAUGAAUGCGGAUUUGACCCUAUGGGAUCCGCACGACUACCAUUCUCCAUAAAAUUCUUCUUAAUCGCCAUUACGUUCCUGCUAUUCGACCUAGAAAUCGCCCUACUCCUCCCCCUCCCCUGAGCAUCACAAACCAACAACCUCACCCUAAUACUUACAGUCUCACUCAUACUGAUCUCAGUUUUAGCACUAGGGCUCUUCUACGAAUGAUCUCAAAAAGGACUAGAAUGAGACAAAU